GGGUCAUAUAUGUUACAAAGUAAUGUCUUGAGAUUUUAUUUCAUUUCAAACUUAUGAAGGCGAUAUACUCUUCUUCGUUAUGAUUGCUUUUAUAGUAACGGAAUAUUUAUUUUCGUGUUCAAUAAUAUUCAAAUUAAAAUGCUGUGACGAAUGAUAUUUUUAAAUAGCCAGAGCGAAUUAUUGUAUUUUUUUUUAUUGUAAUGGUAUAAGAGUUAAGGAGCAUAGCAAAAUCAAGAUGAAUCUGACCCCGUGUUUGUCAAGUCCGGUAGCGGUGGUUAUUUCAAUUAUUUUCAUUUUCUCGUCCUCGGCUGUGGCGCUUGAAGAUUUCAAUGUGACCGAUGAUAAUUAUAUGACGGUGGACAAUGGAAACGGCGAGACAGUGUAUAUUACUAGGGAUCUUAUGAGAAGGUUGAAGGAGGAAUCGGAGAUAUGGCACUGGAGACCCUGGCUGCGGACGAAGACCGAGAUGGUUGGGAAUGUCAUUCUGGAGGUUGAACGAGUCAAUGGAAACUCAAUGAGAAGUUUUCCUGAGGGCGUUUUUGAUGAUGAUCAAUUGCGGCAAGGUGCAUUUAUAGCAUACGUGUUAUUUGGAAUUUACUCAUUUACUCUAUUGACCAUAGUAUGUAAUGAUUAUUUCAUCCCAUGCGUGGAACUGAUUUGCGAAAACUUAAAAAUACCACAGAACGUGGCUGCAGCUACUUUCAUGUCAGUAGCAACUUCGUGUCCAGAGUUCUUUGUGAAUGUCAUUUCAACAUUUUUAACGCAAUCCGAUAUGGGCAUAGGAACUAUUGUGGGUUCAGCUAUAUUUAACCUCCUUGGUGUAGGAGCAAUUGGCAGUCUAGCAGCUAUUGCGCCUAUUGCAAUCGAACGCUAUCCUGUUACGAGGGAUGUCAUAAUUUAUAUGAUUAACGUCUCGGUAUUGGUCGCCAUUGUCUGGGAUGGUCAGAUUGUAUGGUACGAAGCUAUGGUGUUGGGAAUACUCUAUGUAGUCUAUUUCAUCUUCAUGUUCAACAGCAUAAGGGUUAAGACAGUACUUGAAAGGCUCUUUGCCUGCUGCUGCAAACGAAAUUCCAGAUACACAAUUUCCGAGAAAGUUGCUGAAGACGGCGUUACCAACAAAGCAUAUGUCAACUCACAAAUGCAAAUAAAUAAUGUCAAUGUUGUCAAUGAUGAAAAGGCUGCGGUUGAAAAAGAGAUAGUAAAUGAGAAACCGAAGAAAAGUGUUUUUCGUUUUCCUAAAGAAAAAGGUAUUGUCUACAAAAUAUGGUGGGUGUACACUUGGCCUAUAAGGUUAAUCCUGGGUCUGACGAUACCAUCACCCGUGUCAUGCAAGCGUUACUAUCUUCUCACUUUCAUUAUGUGCAUAGUUUGGAUUGGCGUAAACUCUUAUUUUGUAUCAUGGAGCAUGACGGUUUUGGGUAACACAUUUUUAAUUCCUGAGUCGGUGAUGGGGAUGACUUUCCUGGCUUUCGGUGGCUGUUUGCCUGAAGCGUGUUCAAUAUUUAUAAUGUCAAGAAAAGGUGAAGGAGGAAUCGGAGUUUCCAAUGCUUUAGGUGCGAAUUCUUUAUCUAUAUUAUUUGCUCUCGGUCUUCCUUGGAUCAUUAGAACCUUUACUCUCCUCGCUCAAGGAGCGGACACGGCAGUUUACAUCAAUUCAUCGGGGAUAGAUUUCGUGGUCGGUUCCUUAUUAGCCGCCGCUGUUUUGCUAUGGAUCACUUUAUGUAUUGGAAAGUUCAAACUGCGAAGAUGUGUUGGAGUCGUGUUACUCGGCCUAUACGCACUUUUCAUAACAUUCGCUAUUUUAGUUGAAAUGGGCAUAAUUGCUGGCUUUUCAGAUUUCACCUCGUAAGAAUAGUUUGAAUAAUUAGUAUUGAAAUUCUAAUUGGUUGAAAUUAUUAACUGAUGACGCGCUGUGGAUCUGUCUGUUAAGUUACGCUACAGAUAUACGCCAUAGCUAUUUCAUACGUUCUGUAUAAAUGUAACUGAUAUGUGAUAUGCAAUAAUAAAUUGUAAUAAUUUACAGUUUCGUUUAAAAUUUAGCGAAUAAGAUCUGAAUUUGAUGAUGUGCUAGAAAUUUUAAUUCAUUAUUAUUAUGAGUCUUUUUUUGGCCCAGUUUGAUAAAGUAGUUUGAUGAGAGCACACUGCAACGCUUGGGGUUUAUAGUCAUUUUAAAAAAAUAUAUAUGUAAAUAGCUUAGAAUUAAUAGAUUAGAUAUAAUGUUUACUGGAUUGAUGGUUUCUUUAUCUUCAUCAUAUUUAUAUGUUAAAAAACUCUAUACCUAUUUGUGUAUGUGUAAACUUUUAUUUUAAUCCGAUUAGCAAUACACAGUGCGUGAGUAACUAGUGCAUGCAACACAUAAAAAAUAAACAAUAUAUUUGCAUUUAAAGUGUUAUGGUGGAUCAAAUAUUGUUCUAGAAUGAAAAAUGCUUGAAUGAGUGUUUUUAUGAGCCACAUUCCAAGAUGAGUUUUAGAAAUAUGUAAAUAGACGUAAUAAAUGAAAUAAUUGAAUGUUUAAUCAUUAAUCAAUAAUUUAAUAGUACGUCUUGGCAUGAAUGUCUAAGUGAUUUUCAAAUUUCAUUCAUCAUGAAAUAAAUUAAAUUAAUUAUUAUACAGUUAGGUAUAACUUAACAAUUAAAAUAUGUAUGAAUUACGUGAAUUAGUUAUAUGAUAUGAAUGGUUGGAAAUAUAAUUAUAUGUAUAAAGCGACCUUAGCGAUAUUAUGGUAGUGCUAAUUAAAAUAUAAAUUUUAUAAUGAAGUUUCUGUAAAUAUAUCUUAGAAUUAGAAAUGGUUUUUGUACUAAUUGGGUAAAGUAUAAUGUGGAUUAGAUUUGUGUAAAUUUUAUGUUUAGUUUCCUUGAUUUAUAAUAUUGUAUUUUUUUUUUUGAACUGUUAACUAAAAUGGCGUAAAUAUAAACGUGAAACGUAGUAUAUUUGACCACUUAUGUUGUAUUGUUUAUAUUAAAACCUAUUCAACCAUAUUAUAAAUCGCAGACAAAAAUUCUUUCCAUGCAAAUCAGCUACAUUAUUGAAUAACUCCAUGGUUAAAAGUCCAUAAAAAAAUUAAAUGUCGCCUUUUGGUGACUUCUUCAAACGGAUUUUAUUUUCAUACGGUGUCACGUCGUAUAAGAUUUAAAAAUAAAACAAAAAUAUAUUAGAAAAGAUCGUUUGCUUCUCUGAGCAAAACAUAAAUAAACAUAAAUAAAACAUUUCUGAAUAUAAAUAUCUAUAUGUAAGUAUUAUAUACAGGUUUGUUUAUAAAGGUGAUUGUAUUGGAUGUGUUUGUGGUGAGGUACCUUUUUAGUGACCAUAUUUAGGAUUACGUCUCGCUUAUAUAUUUUUUAAUUUAUAUGUAGUCCAAACGUGAUUCCGAAAAAAGAUUUUAUCACUAUUCUUUAAAGAUUUACUAGUUUUCUCGUGUAUAUUCUCUAAGAUUACCACAAGUUUGAUCAUCAUACAACGUACACAAUCUGUUUUAAGGUUUUUUUCCUUUUACUGUCAGAAUAUUUUACAAUAAUUUUAAAUAUUAAUUGUAAAUUUUAUACAAUUUGCUGAAAUCAUCGCAAACACUGGACUGUUGUUAUUGAAAAAAGUUACAUAAUGUCAAUCAUUAGUGCGACAUCUCGAGUACCUCAAAUGAUAUUCAUGUUCUAUCUUUGUGAGAAAUGUUUUGUGUAUAACAUUAUGAGCUAUGAGCUGAUCUGUAAAGAGUUAUUUCCUUAGCUAAAUAACAAAAUUUUAUGAGCAUUUAUUAUCAAAGAUUCUACUUUUAGAAUAAACCGUUGGGCAUUUUCAA